AAAAAUUUUAUUAGCCAUUUGUAUGGCGUUUUUAUGACCUAAGCUACCUCAUCUAACAAUAGCAACAUACUGUAUUAUACCAAUAUUAUUCUAAGUGAUUUUGUCUACCCAACAGGAUGUAUUGAUUGCAAAUUAAAAAUAUAGUUAUGGUAUAAAAUAUGGACAGAUUUAUUUUCCAACUUUCUGAGGACAUUGGCAAAAACAGUCAUGAAAGCACUCAAGACCCAUUGGCAUGGUAUGAUAUUCUAGAUAUUUUUGAGGAAUGCUAUUUACUUUACUUAUCACGCCCCCUUCCAUAGACAUAAAUGGAGGGGGCGUGGCAUGGUGUGAUGUCAAGAACACAGAAGCUCCAAGCUUCCACGUUCCGGACGCCGCCGGUCCAGAGAUCGCAGGGGUCCCCAGCGGCGGGACAGCGAUCAGACAUCUUAUCUGCUAUCUUUUGGAUAGCAGAUAAGAUGUAUAUCGCCGGAGUACCCUUUUAAAGCCUAGACAGAAGUCCAGGGCACAAACGCAUGAGGGCUCAAUAUGAUUCUUACAGGUCACCUGUUGAAACCAAAGCUUAUGGAAAAAGUCAAAGCCAAACUGAGAAGAAUCAAUAUGGGCAAAUAUUCAAUUAUAGUAAAUAUUUAAAGGGAAACUGGCAGCUGUUUUACCCGCACUGAAGCCAAUGCAUAAUGUUAUAGUGCGGAUUAAAAUGAUGUAUAACUUUGACAUUGCUAAUAUGUUCAUUGCCGGCUUUGUGAAAUGGAGACAGGACCUGGGAUGGAGGCAGGGAUGCUGUGUAUUCCAGAUCCCUCCUCCAUUGCACAAAGCCAAAGCGAUUAACAUAUUAACAAUGUGUAUUGGGUAUUGGGUUUAUUACGAGUGAACUGGCUGUCAGAUUUGCUUUAAAUAGGCACUUUUAUUUUAAAAGAAAACUUUAGACAUAUCCUAGUGUGUUUGUACUCCACUAAGUGUGUGUAUUGACAUGAUUUUAUGUGGUGUCCUGGUACCGUACGUUGUACUGUACCUUGUGUGGUAAGUCCCCAAAGUUAGAGUUCCUGCGUACCGGUAGGAUCCUCCUAGUGGGAUAACCCCUUGUCGCCUCUUCCUCCUUUAAUUUUAUGUGUUUGAUGUAUAUAAUUUGUAUAUAAUUUAUAUAUAUGUAUAGUACUUCCAGGACCUUAGGUCACAUGACUACUAAGCCUACUGUUAGGUUAAGCUUAAGGACCUUCCAGGUCACGUAAGUAGGUCACAUGAUGUACCGCAAUGCUUUGUGAAAGGACUGACAGUUGGUGGGAACCAAUAAGCUAUGAGUCUGCCCCUUGCCAUAUAAGGGCAAUGUAUCCAAUGAUUGCUCUCUUCUUCCGAUGCGCUCUUGGGUUCCGGACUAGCAGAGAGAGAGAAGCUCCGUGCAUACCUUCAAGACAAAUCUAGGCCUGAAGCCUGCUAACUUCAGCCGAAUACAAAACCCACACAAUGUCUAGAAAGUCAUCUAAAGUUUCUGUUCCCCAAAAAACCCACAAGUACUCCCUGAGGGUGGCAAUGAAGAAGCCAACCUACCUGUCAGAAACCAGCGAGUCUGAAGAAUACAAAAGCUGCUCCACCUCUUCAGAUUCAGAAGUGGAGCAACCACCAGUGGUAACCCCAAGUGAUUCUGAGGAAGAGGCACCAAAUGAAUUCUUACAAAGGAGAGCCAAAAAUAUCAGGGAUAACAAGGCCAUGCUUGCAAAACUUAUGGCAGAAUUGGAAAAGCUCCCAGGAAACCUGCAGCCAGAGCCUGAACAGAAUGACAACACUCCGAAAUACAAAAGACGUCCACGUGAAUCUCUUGCUAAAGUUGAACCGAGGAGGAAUCCUGAGCGAGCCUCCCGUCGUCUGACCCGCUCUAAUGCAGAGGUGUUGUCUCCACUUCCAAGUAGGAAGAAAAGCCCACAGGAUUUUGAGGAUCAAUUGCUGGAGGAAAGAGAAACGGCAAGAAGAAGGCGUCCUGCUCGGCCCAGCAUUCAUGCUAUUCCUCAUGCUGUGCGACCAGUGGAGGAUAUUACAGAAGAGGAGCUGAAUAAUAUUGCUGAUAAUGUAAAGGCAAAGGUGUACCAUGCAGUGCAGGGUUCCACUUGCCAUCAGUGCCGACAGAAAACUCUAGACACAAAGACAAACUGCCGCAACGAAGAGUGUCGUGGAAUCCAGGGACAGUUUUGUGGGCCUUGCCUCAGGAACCGAUAUGGAGAAAAUGUGCGCGAUGCUCUUCUAGAUGCUAACUGGACUUGCCCACCAUGUAGAGGGAUCUGUAACUGCAGCUUUUGUCGCCAGCGGGAUGGACGCUGUGCUACUGGCAUCCUCUUUCCUCUGGCCCGCUACCAUGGCUACAAUGAUGUUCACUCCUACCUUAGCGGAUUGCAGAAAAAUGGCGAUGAGAGUGAUGAAGACUAAUGGAAGUGGUCAGAAGGGAAACGCUUGCUUGAUGUCUUGUGUUUUUGUUUUUUAUGUGGUGGUUUUAAAAUAACUUAAUAAA